CUAUUCAACGCUGAAACUUACUGCAGUAUCGAGCAAAUGGGUGGUCGUUUAACGCAUUUAUUUACACGUUGGUUCCCAAAAACUGAGCCGGAAUUACGUGUCGGCAUGCUAGGAUUGGAUAAUGCUGGCAAAACAACCAUAUUAUAUCAAUUGAAAUUGGAACGGAACAUCGAGCCGGUACCCACCGUUGGCUUCAAUGUGGAAAAUGUGCGUUGUGGUAAAAUGGUGUUGAAUAUUUGGGAUGUUAGUGGCGAUCGACCACGUACACGUACAUUAUGGCAACAUUAUAAUCAAAAUACGCGUGCUAUUAUCUUUGUGAUUGACGCAACGGAUAUGCGUCGUUUGCCACGCGCUGUGGAUGAGUUACGUUGGUUGUGGUGUCGCCCCGAACUAACCGAAGCUGUCUACCUUUUAUAUGCUAAUAAACAAGAUUUGCCGGGCGCUCUGGGAGCUGAACAGUUGGUCACAAUACUGCAGUUGCAGUCGUUAUCGCAACAGUGGGCGAUUCAAGAAUGCUGCGCCAUCAAUGGUAUGGGUUUAAGCGACGGCCUACAACAAUUACAGCAAAUGCUUACGCAUAACCGUAGCAAGCGACUUAGUGCAACAUUAUCAAAUAAAUUAUUUUAAUUGUGCGCAAAAUUUGAUUUGCUAAUCUGAUUUACCUUCGAA